AUGGUCUUUGAGCUGGCCGAAGUCGGAACAGCGAUAAUUGAGUUUCGCGUGCCGGAUCAGAAGAUGUCGAAGGGGCCAAGUCGAAUCAUCUUCGUCCGUCUUGUCCCACGAACCGAUACCCACGUCGAAGCCUCGUUUGCGCUUUGGACCUUACAAGACCACACCAAUUACAUUUCCUUUGUCCUGCAACAUGAAUUGCUAGUAGCUUUACCAAUAAUCAGGCCGUUACCGGCGGUUUGGACGAUACAGAUUGACCUUCAACACAUCCAGCCGCUUGCUCAGCACCAUCUCCGCCAUCCACAAAGCCGAAUUUCCUCCAGCGCCUUGACGCAACCAAAACCACAGCACCAAGACGUGGAUGUUGGAUACUUCCUAUGGGCUACUCCUACCUGGAGCUUCCGCAUAGCAAAUAAGCUCGGCCAACUGAACCAUCGACUUCCUUACGCCACAUUCAGUCUCACUACCAUCUCCUCCCACGUUAAGAUAGCGAAUAUCAGACUCACCGAUACCUCUCGCCUCUCGCUUCUCGCCCCUUGGCUGGCCUCACGAGUCACCAACAUGGUUUAUAUUAUGAAAAUCUAUGUCGACGGUGGUUGUAGAGGCAACGGACAACCAGGAUCGAUAGGUGCUGCCGCAGCCGUUGUCAAACUUAGAUUUGGAAGACAGAAAGCUUAUACUAGAAUCUUACCACGAUAUCCCAGACCAACAAACCAAAGAGCAGAAAUCACAGCUAUCAUACUUGGAUUGGAGCUGGCUCUUCAAAAAUUUGACGAGCUACAUACAAACCCCAGGCUAAAGGUCAGGAUCUAUUCGGAUUCCAGGUACGCAAUCGGGUGUAUGACGGACUGGGUGUACAAGUGGUGUAGAAACGGCUGGAUUAAUGCUGCUGGCAACGAGGUUGCGAAUCGAGAUCUCAUCGAGACGGCAUCUGAUCUUGAUGAUAUAUUGGCAAAGGAGGGGACCGUGAAAUAUAUCUGGAUUCCUAGGGAGCAAAAUGAGGAUGCGGAUGGCUAUUGCAAUGAAGCUCUGGACGAGGAGUGUUGA